AGAACAUGUCGGCUCAGACGCCAGCCUUGGCGCCAACCGUACGUAUCCAUAUACCAUACUUGUCCAGUGAUAUUCUCAGAACCCGGCAUGCGCCGUGGGGCCUCGCUGCCUGGGGUCGGCGGAUCCUGCUGGUCUUCACCAGUAGUGGCGACGCGUACUCCAGGCAUUCCACCAGUCUGCGCACUGCAAGUCUAGACAAGACCGAGCACACCGAUGGCAGCAGGAGAACCUCUGCAGCGCUGAGACAGCUCGCCAGGUAUAUUCGUUCAAAUUCCACUGGCGGAGAGAAGGAGAACUCCACGCAGGAGAAGGCGUACUGGGCAGCACUGUCCGAUAGAACUGACGACCACCUGGAGUGCGACCUGUGCGGUGGGAAGCAGCAGUGGCUGCUGGUGUUUGCCAAGAGCCGGGAACUUUCGAAGCCCGCCGUGGACAUCCUCAACGCCCUCCCAGGGUACCACCUCAAGAGCGCACAGCGCUCCCGCAGCGCGGUGGAGACCCUGCGCGAGCUGCACCAGG